UUCAGUGACAAGACGUCCGUCGGCCUCCUGUGUGUGUCCCUCUUCAGUUUUAUCUCUGUGGAGCUUAUCUUCUCAUGAAAAAGUAGAACACACAAAUAUAUUUGGAUCAAAUAUAGGGGAUUUCGCGACGUCAUUCGUAUAAAGCGCUGAAAAUGCCAACCCUCGAGAAUGAACCAUUCCAGCUGGGACCCCGAAAAAAAGAACGAACAGUUCCCCCACGCCAGUAUGAGGGACAGUACCCUACAGCUGGAGAUUACGCUGAGGCACUGCGGUCGUGGAUGAACCAAAUGUACCAGUGGCAGUGUGCAGCAGCAGCAUUUCCUUAUUUUCUUGCAUCUAUACAAAAACAGAAUGGAAUUGGGAGUCCUGGGCCGUCAGUCCCUCCCCCAACCCAGCCACAACAGCCAGCCCCAACUCCUACCACUCCACCGGCACCUGAGCAGAGAAAUGCCAACCAGCAGCAGCAGCAACAGCCCCAAGAACAGCAACAAAGAGGUGUAGAAUAUGUAAUCCCACCUCUAUGGAAGAGACUUAUUGCCGAGGCCAUUGACUUCCUUCUCCUGUUCGUCAUCAAGUUAGCCGUCACAUUUGCAGCAGUGGAUGCCUUUGAUCUACUGAGUGAUGUAGAAAAAUAUGACUUUGAGAAUUUAGGAGCUGACAUCAUGGCUGAUUACAAAAUUGCUCUUGAAAUGACAUCAGAAAUUCUUGUGCUUGAGUUAAUCCACCGUAUUGGCACAUGUGUGUUUGAGGCCCUUUGUUUACACCGUGGUUCAGGUGGGACAGGCGGAGCAACUCCGGGCAAGAAACUGAUAGGGCUUAAGGUGGUGCGAUGCGAGUGGGUUGUGCCCACAUUAGGUGAACAAGCUUUAGUUUUCCCUGCAUCAGAUCUAGGGUUAAGUCGUGCUGCCAUUCGGUCCGUGGUGAAGAAUUUCUCCUUGACCUUCCUCUUCCCUAUCUGCUUCACACUUUUCUCAUUCCAACACAAUCGCACUGUGUAUGACAUCAUCGCAGGGUCCAUUGUUGUUGAGGAAAGGCCCAACCAAAGACGGAGAGUUAAUAAUAAUGCUAACUAGUGUAAGGGAAUUAUAAAAGUGUCCAUGGGGAUUUCCCGUCAGACUUCAUCAGAGAGCAAGAGUGACUUGAUUAUAGGUCAAGGAAGACAUUGUAUAUGUUUCUGAAAGAAUGAAAGAGGAUUUUAGAUAUUAUAUCCAACUGCAUUUUUCACAUCCUGGAUAAAUGAUAAUUGAAUGCUUCAUAAAACAGGUGCUGUGUUCAUAAAAGUUUGAAAGUUUGCAACAUAUGGGAACUAUGGAAAGGUUUCAGUUACCACUGCAUUACAAAUAUAGAUUUUUUUUAUUAUGUAAACAGGAAGUAUAUAAUAUAUAAAAAAAAGAUGGUAAUGAUGAUUUGAUUUGAGUUUUAGUUUUGAAUAUGUCUGUUGAGGUGCAUGUGCUACAGGAAUGUCAUUUUAUUUUUUUUGAGAAUUGUGUGUUUUAUUUUGCAUUUGAUUAUUAGAGUAUUCCAAAAAUAUUUUUUUGUGGAGAUGUUGAUUGCAUCUGCUAUUUUACAUUGAUUAUGCAGCAUCAGUAAAAUGGCAAGCACAGUUUAUAUUUAUCCAGUUAUUUCUCCUGAGAAAUAGCAUUUUAAAGGUUAUCCCUCACCCCAUCUUAAAUCAUUAUAAUAUAUGAAUGUAAAUUGGAUUAGAUAUUAAGUGUAAUGGAUCCAGAAUAUUAUAUAACUAUAAUUAUUUUCAUGAUCAUAGCUUUCAUUACUUCAUAUUCCUUAUAAAAGAUAUUGAAUUAACGUGGAAUAUUUUUAGAUCAUUGUAAAAAAAGAGAUGUUCUAAUGUUACGAUGUACAAGAAUAUUUUUAUCAGUUCUCUAAUGUAGGAAAAAAAUUGUAACUGACUUGUAUACAAUUCAUACUGAGUUCUAUUUUAGUUUAUUCCUUCAAUUAUGAAUGUGGCUUAAGAGAUGCCUUUUAUGUUUUAUAUAUUUGAAAAUAAAAAUAUUGAUUCCUG